AUGCCUGAAUCCCAGACUUCUAUAGAACUUCAGGUUUUUGAUAUCUCUCAGCCCUUAAGUCCAUCCUGUCUCUCCUCCCUUUCUCUAGCCUGCAAAGAAUGGGGUUUCUUCCAUAUAAUCAACCAUGGAAUUUCGAAAGAUGUUUACAGGAAACUCUAUUCCCUAUCAAAUCAUAUCUUCAGCCUGCCUUAUGAGUCCAAAGUCAAGGUAGGUCCAUCAUCAUUGGUAAGAACCUACACCCCACAUUUUAUUGCAUCUCCAUUCUUCGAAAGUCUUCGUGUUUCUGGACCAGACUUCUUUGCUUCUGCACAAAGUUCUACGGCAAUUCUCUUUGACCAUUCAAACUCUGAAUUCAGCGAGACUGUUAAAGAAUAUGGGGCCAAAAUGUCUGAGCUUUCGAGAAGAAUAGUUAAGGCAGUGCUAAUGAGCAUGGGAGAUGAUUUUGCAAAGAAGUUUUAUGAAUGUGACUUUAAUAACUGUCAUGGAUACAUGAGAAUAAACAACUAUUCAUCUCCGGAAAGUGUGGAAGGAAAAGAAGUUGAAGGGCUUGGAAUGCACACUGACAUGAGCUGUGUGACAAUUGUAUGUCAAGAUGAGAUUGGAGGGCUUCAAGUAAGAUCUAAGGAAGGCAAGUGGAUGGACAUAAGCCCAUGUGAAGACACUUUUGUUGUGAACAUUGGAGACUUGAUGCAUGCAUGGAGCAAUGGGAAGUUGAGAUCAUCGGAACAUAAAGUUGUUUUAAAAAGAAAUAUAAAUAGAUUCUCUUUGGCUUUCUUUUGGUGCUUUGAGGACGAGAAAGUGAUUUUUGCCCCAAAUGAAGUGGUGGGAGAAGGAAGUUUGAGGGUGUACAAGCAAUUUGUUUGUAGAGACUAUUUGAAAUUCAGAGAGAGCAGUGAGAAAGGCAAGUUUGACAAGGUCGGGUUCACUGUUAAAGAUUUUGCUGGAAAUCCGAAACAAUCGAUAGUUGAUCUGCACUAA